AUGCAUAUCAUUCUUACUGGGGCAACAGGUCUCGUCGGAUCUGGUGUUCUCCAUGCCAUGAUUCAGAAUUCGGCCAUCAGCAAGAUCUCAGUCCUGAGUCGCCGACCCGUUCCCAUGCUCCAAGAGAUCAAAGACGACAGAAUCAACGUGGUUCUUGCUGAGGACUUUACCAAGUUCGAUAACAAAGUUCUCGACCAAUUGAAUGGAGCAACCGGAUGUGUCUGGGCUAUGGGAGUUAGCCAGAACGAUGUGAACAAAGAGGACUACACUCGCAUCACGAAAACCAUGACCCUUUACGCAGCCCAGGCGUUCAAGUCCCUUGCCUCUCCGUCCGAGACAUUCAAGUUUGUUUACGUCUCAGGGGAAGGUGCGACCCACGAGCCGGGCUUCACUACGCCGAUCUUUGGCCGAGUCAAGGGUGAAACCGAAAUCGCCCUGGCCAAGAUUGAAGAGGAAUCACCUCGUUUCCAGGCUAUUUCUGUCCGCCCAGCAAUGGUUGACUCCGGUGCGCAUGAUGAAAUCAAACCCUGGGUUCCACAAUUAGGUGCUUUCAAGCGUGUUACGUACGCUGGGCUAUCACCAGUUAUCCGGUGUUUUUGGCCAGGAAUGCACAGUCCCACGAAGCCACUGGGAGCUUUCUUGACGGGAGUGGCUACCGGCGAGUUUGAUGGGAAAUUGACUGGUUCAGGGGUAGAUAUGGUUGGAAACUCCCCGAUCAUAAACAACAUCGCUUUCCGUCGUUUGAUGGCCUUGGAUACUUCGAAGAAAUAG